AUGACCGAAGUCAUCAGACGUGUCAUAGAUGAGACGAGGCACGAGUGUGAAUCUGACUACCGCUCAUGGGUCUUCUCCAAAAAUGGUGCCGCUGGAUGCUUCAUCCUCAAGGAGAAGUACGUUGACGCAGCCAACUGCUAUCGAGACGUCCUUCAGACGGCAUCGAAGUUGGAGAAGAAGUACGGAGUUCUGUCCGACUGGAGCCAGAGACUGCAUGCAAUCACCAACCUGAACUGGCUAAUUCAAUGCUGUUCAGUCCCCUUUGCCGAUGACCCACCGGCAUCAGACUGCAUCAAGGAUACUAGACCGGUUGUCGGUGUUUGUCCUCAGACCGCUUCAGCAUCGACUUCUGACGUGCCCGACCUACCUACCUGGGAGAGCCUCGAUCCAAGAGUUGAUCGUGAUCUAGUCGCAAAGGCUAAACUCUUACGUCUUGAUUACCUGAAGCUUCAUUCUCGUUUGCUAUCGAAGGCGCGUGAGAAGCUAGAUCCCCUUUCUGGCCAGGUGGAACGCCUUAUGACUCCGCCAAGUGCAUCGGCCACUGAGGGCUGGUUAGAUGUUAUCGGUGACGCGAUGGAUCAACUGGCACUUGUGGAUAUCCUGGAUAAAAUACCUAUCAUGUUGUCUGCCAGUUUCCAGGGCCGCCCAUCAGCAUACACACAAUUCAAGUCGACUCUCCUUCACGUCAAUUCUGGUAGCACUUUAAAAAGCCUUUUGCUGGUGGAAUUGAAGAACGUAUUCGACACGCGUCACUCACUACGAGAGGCGAUGAAACCACUCGACCGGACGUGGACCACCUUCCAGGUUUGA